CUAUUUCGACAGUCUAUUUCUCCGACUGGAACCCGAACCAUUAACUUUCAAGUGUAUUAACUGCACCAGGUUUUUGUUCCUAUAUCAUCCGUUAUUAGCCUCUCUGUCAGUCGUCUAUACUCUUUUAGCUCUCACCCUCUCUUGGCCAAGCAGCACACGAUCUUAUCGAAGCAAACCUCGCUUUACCCCGCGUCUUCCGUGCUUCCGUCUUUCCACCGCCGUCGCAUAAGAUUUCGGAGCGCUGAGCCUCGCUUGUCCUUGCAAAGGCUAAGAGCUACUUUUUUAUCCUUGAUAGUGUGCGGGAAGUUUGUUUGAUCAUGGGUAAAUCACAGUCGAAGCUCUCCCCCUCCCAGCUCGAAGAGCUCCAGAGGGCGACACAUUUCGAUAAAAAAGAGCUGCAACAAUGGUAUAAAGGUUUCUUGAAGGACUGCCCCUCGGGGACCCUGACAAAGGAGGAAUUCCAGAAGAUCUACCGACAAUUCUUUCCCUUUGGCGAUCCUUCCUCGUUUGCAAAUUAUGUAUUCAGAGUGUUCGACUCGGAUAAUAGCGGCAUGAUCGAUUUCAAGGAGUUUAUCUGUGCGUUGUCGGUGACCUCGCGGGGUAAGAUGGAGGACAAGCUGGACUGGGCAUUCCAAUUAUACGACAUCGAUGGCGACGGAAAGAUUACGUACGACGAGAUGCUGGCUAUUGUUGAGGCGAUUUACAAAAUGGUCGGCUCCAUGGUCAAGUUGCCCGAGGACGAAGACACACCAGAGAAACGAGUCAAGAAGAUCUUCCGCAUGAUGGACAAGGACGAGAACGGCAGCCUGGAUAUGGAGGAAUUCAAGGAGGGCAGCAAACGCGACGAGACCAUUGUCAGCGCCUUGUCCCUCUACGAUGGAUUGGUAUAGUGCGCGCGGACGACGUGUCCUCCCGCUCAUAGUGUCGUGCAUCCUCUUACCUUCUGGCGAAUGCGGCGCAAAUUCGAGGUUCUCCUCAUUGACCUUGGCUCACUCCAUUUGCUUUUUAUCUUCUUGGUUUUCUGUCGGUAUUUGUUGCUUCUAUUUUUUAGGAUUCCCACAGCCCAUGUUCUCUUACUUGCGCCUGCCAAGGUACUCUUUUACGAGGGCUUGGUAGACAAGACUUCAGUUUUCUUGUAA